GGGGUGUCCAUAUACAGAUAAAAUCAUGUAUAGAAUUAACGGGGUAAAAUAAGAUGUUACCCUUUUUAUUAUUAUUAUUAUUAUAAUAAUAUUAAUAAUAAUAAAACUAUGUCAGUAACUUCACCUAUCUACUUUUCAUCGAUUUCAAGUACAGUAAGCAGUGAGACAUCAGGAUUAUAUGAAUAUCUUACAGAAUUAGUCUCAAAGCGUGUAAGCACAAUCAAAUACAUCAGGAAAGCACAUGAAGGUAAUACACACUGGUUUAAUACCAUUCUUCUUACAAAAGAUAGUCUGUCAAACAUGUAUCCUAACUCGAAAAUGACUAGACGGUCAAAUCAGUUUUAUGCAUUAGGAUUAUCGUUAGGAGCUACAUUAGACAUUUCAAAUCCAAUAGACUACGUUAAGGCAUUGAAUCAGAUCAUGACAGAAUUCGAAAAACACACAAAUGAUGAUUCAAAACAGAAAAUGAAAAAUAUAUUUAGAAAGGUCAAGACAAAAGAGAACCAUGGGUUUCCAGUAGAGGCUGAUGAUUAUGAGUAUUUAAGUAUUCCUCAUAUUCCUUUCGAGUUGGAUUAUUUGGAGACAUUUUAUACAUUAAUCGACGUUAUGGCAGAAGCAUAUUAUAAAUUGCUUAUAGGCACGGAAGGACCUAAUUGUACACAAACUUACUUUGAGCUGGUACUCAAAUGUGAUACUAAGUUCAAGAAAAUAACUGCUAUGGUAACAAAAGAACUUGAUGUAUUAGCAAGAGAAUCCAUCAAAAACGAGCUCAAUAUAAUUAAUCCAUUGUUUACAAAGCCUAUCGAGUUUGAAGACUAGUGGAGUUUUAAAGUCAAGCGUUAAUAACAUUUUCUUCAAAUUUUCGCUUUUUCUUUUCUUUAUUUAUUUAAUUGUUUUUUCCUUUUUUUCCUUUUUUUGUGUUUAUUUAUUUAUUUAUUUC